UGUGUUUAUUCAUAAACAGCUGAUGUACACUGUGUGAACAUCAUAAUCAGAUUCUUUUGACACAGAGACAACUUACCAUCACUGAAAUGUCAAAGAGCCUUGAACUCACAUAAGGCUGAACUACCAGAAAGCACAAAUGUUCCAAAUUUUAAUCAGUUAGAGCAACACAGCUGUGAAUGAUAAUGUGCAAAGUAACAAAAUACAUGUUUCAAAGGCCAUCAUGUUGGAUUUUCCAAGAUAUAUUAAGAUUGAAAACACAGGAAAAUAAUGUAUCAUGUUCAUAUUAAUACAUACUUAAUACUUCAAAAGAUAGACUAUACUUUUUGUAUUAUUAAAGGUAAAUUUAACAACUAAACAAAGGUGAACUUUUUUUUUUUUUGGUUCACACUUAUGUAAAUAUGGCUCUCAGUGGAUUGAAGACCAAUUAUUACAUCAAAACAGCUUAUAGAGGAGAUCAGUGAUACUUUUAUACAGUAGUAGCAAAAAUACACUGUUAAAUUUAAAUGUAUUUCUUCAUAGAAGUUGACAGAAAAUACAAUACGUUUUUAAUCAGGUUCAUGAUAUAUCAAACCUGUGCACUACUACAAUGUAUGAGAUUUAAUUACAAUUACAUAUGUUUUAGAGCUACUUUGAUUAUUAAUUUGACUUUGAUAAUUAAUUAAUAAAGAACGUUAUUGACCAAUAAGUGUCACUGACCAAUGUCUGCCACUUCUCUAAAUCAUCUAAUAUAUUGCGGGGGAAAAAUACAUCACGAGGAAAAAUCACAAAGUGAAUCGGUUCUAUAAUAUACAAAGUCAAAGAAAGCGAAGGAUGAACCAAUUGGUCUCUGUGGGGCACCUGUGUUUCAGCAGCGCUGCGGGUCAUCCAGCCUGUAGGGGGCGAUAGCAGCUCGUGUUCGUCCCGUACUACGUCACUUCCACCACAACAAACGAAGGACCAGGGACUUUAACUUUCAGAAGCGUUGAGUGAAAAUUAUCAAAACGCUGUCGGAGUUUUAGGAUGAACACCGCUCUGAAGCACUGGAAGGAGGCGGCCACUCUCAUUUUAGCCGCAGGCCACAGGCUCGGCGCGGACACUUUAUCGUCAAGGACGCCGCUGACAGCCGCUGAGGGUUCACCGCAGGGCUGCAGCCACGGACGGUCACACCUGCCGCACAGGUCCUCGUUUGAUUACGAUGUUUUGCUGCUAAAACGGAGCAGUAAAAGUGGAUUCAUGCCCAACGCGUACGUGUUCCCGGGCGGUCUGGUGGACUCCUCGGACUUUUCGAGCGAGUGGCUGGACAUUUUCAAAUCUUUCAGGAACUCCCCCAAUUUUGGUUUGAGAAGCGUCAAACAACCGGCGGAGACCAGACCUCCAAUAUUCGCCACGGACCGGCUGAAACUGGGCUCCCCUAUCCCGGGAGAGGUCGCCUUCAGGAUUUGCGCUCUGAGGGAGACGUUCGAGGAGUCUGGUGUGCUGCUGGUCGUGCCCAAACCGGAAGAGAAAAGUUUGUUAAAAAGCGUAGAGGACGGAUGUGUCACAGAUAAAGCGCCACAUUGUAAAGCAGACGGGCUGCGCAGCGGUGAACUCACAAAGUGGAGGACUCUGGUGAACCAAAACCCCUCCAACUUCGUCAGGAUGUGCAGGGAACUGGAGGUGCUGCCCAACAUCUGGGCUUUGCAUGAAUGGGGCAACUGGCUGACUCCCGCGGACCGAUACGGUGUGAAGAGGUUUGACACAGCUUUCUUCAUCUGCUGCCUGCAGGAGAUCCCACAUACACUUCAAGAUGAAAAGGAAAUAGUACGUUUUCAGUGGUCCACCCCCUCAGAGGUUCUCCAGAGUUACAGGGCUCAGGAGUUCUGGAUCGCCCCUCCGCAGUUCUACGAGCUCAGCCGCAUGUGCCGCUACCCCUCGCUGAAUGACCUGCACAGCUUUUCCAGCCGACGUGCCACAGAGGGCUGCGAGCAGUGGCUGCCGGUUGUUGUCACAAGAGAUGAACACUACAUAUCGCUGCUUCCAGGUGACAAACUUUACCCGUCGGACACCUCAGGAAAGACUAAGGUGGAUACAAGCACAAUCCCUCAUCAGGAUGAUUCUGGACUGCACCGCAUACUGAUCAUGAAUCCAUACAAUACAACUCUACAGGUCACCAUCACGCCCAAGUACAACCAUCUCCUGCCAGUUGUCGAGCCUUUGUCACAUGACUUGAAAAGUCCACUUUGAGCCUCGUGAAACAAGACAAGUUUACUUUUAAUUAUAACUGAUUUUUAUUUACAACAGGAACCUGAAGUGCUCCUUGCGAUUGUGUUAGACUGUGCUGUUUUGUUUUCAGUCUUGUUUUUGUCUGUUUUACCGUAUCAUUGAUAAGUCUACAUGUGUUUCCAUGGGGGAUCCCUUGGUCUUCACCUGAACGUGACUGUUAAGGUUUGCUUGUGUAACAAAUAUGGUAUUAUUCAACAACUGUUUGGCUCCGGGAGCUCUUCAAAGACAUGGAAGAAACCUCAGAAAAAAUCAACUCAGGUGGGAGCCCUCUUCCAGGACGGACAUGCAAUAGAUUUUGUGUGUACAGAAUAGAACAACAGUGAAUUUACAGUAUGAGCAAUCAAAUGAUCUUGGAGGACACUGAGCAAAUUCCAGGUGCUUCCAACAGACAGUACCUCAACUACAUGACUUCCUCUCCACGGCGAGGACCUGGAAAGAGGACAGACUACACAAACGCACAAAAGACAAAAUCAGAGAGAGAGAGACAAGAACACAGGAGAGAGAGGGACAAGGAGUGAGGCUGGGGCAAUGGACAAAAAGCCAGAUCCAAAACAUCUGGAAUGAUGCACCAAUAGCCAGAGGAGCGGAGAGAGAGAGAGAAAGAGAGAGAGAGAGGUCCCAGGAAGGCAGAUGGUCAGCCCAGAGAGCCUGAGUGAAAAGAGAGGACAGGGAGGAGAAUAAAGGGAGGGAGUAGUAGAGAUACAGCCUGGAUGUUCAGGUUCACUCAGAAUUUGUUUCAGUGUAAGCUGCUGGAUUUUGUUUGAUCAAAGGAGCUCAGAUGUAACGGUUAAAUCUGACUUUGUUGAAACUGUUUACUGUGUCUGAGGUUGUUGUCAGGGGCCCCAACCUCUGGACCUCUCAUGUUGUGAAAUGUCAUGUAAUACAGUAAAUAUUAAAUACUUUUCAAGCCAGA